AUGUUCCUAGAAGUGCUUUGGACUACUGAGGUACUUGAGACUCCGUCGAGUGUACUUUCCCUCUAUGAGAAACUGCCAGGUGUUAUGAAGUCCUAUGUUGACUCUCUGUCACGAUUGGAGGAAAUUGCCCGCAGGAAUGCCGAAAAGCGUAUUGUGGAGGCAUUCCAGAAAUCGGAAAGUUUAGAAAACAUCGAUGUUAUCCGCACGCGAUUCUUGAGUCACAAGACUGCUACAGAAGCCCAACUGAAAAUGGCUGUACAUGGUCAACUUGAUAGCAUUCAAAAUGGUCUUGACAAGCUAGAGUCAGCUCUUGGAAUCUCCAAAGCCUGUGCGGGACGCAUUUCCGAAAUGGAGAAUUCUUUGUCAACAAUCAGCAAUCUGCCGUCUUCAUUAAGUCAAUUGCAUGUCAUAUCCACCAAGCACAAACAGCUCGUUGCUGCAAUCGAAAACAUGUCGUACUUAGUUAAAGUACCAGACGCCAUGGUGGAAGCCAAGAAAUAUAUAGAAAAUGAUAAUCUUCUUGAAGCUCACAAACGAAUCCAGGAAUUGGAAGGGAUCAGGGACGAGAUAAUGUCUGAUGUCUUCAAGCAAAACUCGAGUGCUGAUCUUGAUACCCUACGAACCUUCUUCAAAGGUUUGGAUGAGCUUAAUGCCGCUAUUUUGGAGAAAAUCAAACGCGUUGGUGCAACUCUAACUAGCGCGGUGGUCACUCAAAACGUUCUUUGUGUGAACUGUAUCCGUAUUAUAGACAGGGAAGAGAGGGCUGAUAUGAUUUGGAAGAAACGCCAAGGCAAGGGUGGUUUUAUGCCCGAUGGCAGACCAAAGGAAUGGAAAGCAAAAUUUUUUGCGGAGUUGACUCGUAUCAUUCAAGACCGUGUUCAAGGGUGCUCUGUGGAUUCGGAGAACGAAAAAACUCGUUUGGUGCGUCACAACGAAGCGAUUCGUCAGCAUGCCUUGAGGGAUUUGCGUAUUGCUAAGAAUAUUUGUCCCGUAUAUUUUCCUCCGGACUAUGAAAUAUUUGAUAGAUUCGUCGAAAUAUAUCAUGACGCUAUUGGAAUGCAUAUAGAGAAUUUGAUAAAUGAAGGUCUAAACGACACUGAAAUCGUUCAACUUCUUGGGUGGAUUAAUGCAUAUCACACUGAAGAAUUUAUGAAGCAUCCUCUCUUCAAUGUUGACUUUUCUCGCCUUAACAUCAAGUAUCCUCCUAAUCUUCUACCCGAGGACAAGCUCAUGAGUUUGCGGCAAGAGUAUGUGAAAAAGACUAUUACCAAACUGAAUGGCUGGUUAGUCAAGUCAUUGGCCAUUGAUGUUGAGGAUUGGAAACGCCUCACGAAGCCGGAGUUGAACGACGCCUCAAAUUACUACACGCCUCUUUCCCUUAUGGUUCUCUCUCCCGUCAACGAGCUUGUGGGUGAGGGCAAGCUGCUUCACUUUCUUGGAAACGUUGUUCGCGAGAGUUUCCUAGUGCAGUGCACACAAGAGAUCACUCGGUUCUCGAGGGAUUAUGAAUCAAGCAUUCGCAGUUACCGUAACCUCUAUCUCAACGAUCGUGCCCAAUUCCCUUAUUACAUUGAGUAUAUUCUGGCUAAUGCCAACAAUACCUUGACAAUCGCGAAUAGUUUCGCUGCAGUCAUAAAUCGCGAGGUGGAGAACGAUGCUCAUCUUAAAGGACGUCUCCUGCCCCAACUGGGCCGUCUCAAAGAGGAAUAUGGCAAGGUGGCCGCACUUUGCUUAAAUUGUGCAGAAGAAACGGUCUUUUUGGAUUUGACUUCAGUGAUCUCUGCAGUUCUUACCCGUGAAUGGCUGAGCCCGGGUGAUUUGACUGUGCAGUGCCUAACGGGUACACUUUUGGACUAUAAUGAGACAUUGGUGCAUGUGCAUCAGACCUACUACCAGGACCUGAUGCCUCGUUUGGCUACGCACCUCCUGAUUGACUAUUUGAGAACACUUUUGACUAGAACGCUUAAUUUCACCUCGGUUCAUGAACGCCAUACCGCGGGGGAAAAGCUCAUUCAGUCAGCUGAAAUCCUCAAAGCCUUUUUUGAAAACAAAAUUCCUGUCUCACCAAAAAUUUAUGAUGCGUACAAUGCCAUCGGGUUGAUUGGCAGGUUCCUCACGAACGACGACCGCGGUAUGCUUUCUUUGGAUGUCGGGCGACUACAACAAAGCUUCCCUGACGUCAGGACGGACCAAAUUUACGCUAUUUUGAUGUUGCGUGGAGAUGUACGCUCCAAUGAUGCACAGGAGCUGGCGAUAAACGUAACACAAGGCGCGAAAGCCACGAACCCUACAUCCGAUAUUUUUACGAAAUUGGCUCUUGCAAUGAGUAGAUGA